CUCAACCUGGGUAAACCAUGGGCGGGCUCAGAAAUAAGAGCCCAACCCAGCCCGCGUUUUGGCGAGGUCUACUACCAGCCAACCGGGCGCCCCAACGAAGUAUCGCCACCAUUACCAUACCCGAUCAUCACCAGACUGCUAAAUCGACCACCACCCCCACAAAAGCCAACAUCGCGACCCCCAACGCCCCCUUCGAAACUGCCCCCCGAAACCCCAUCGUUGUGCCCGCUCCCGACGCAUCACUUUGAUUAUACCCCUUAGCCUUUAAUCCCGCAUCCUCUAAGCAUGACACCACGACCGAUUGGUUCCCAUUCGUGGUGCAGAAGCCAUAACAUGUAUCAUAUUCCGUGAUGUUCGUGGUCACUCCGCAGCAGGCUUCUGUAGAGUUGGCCUUGUCAGAGUCUUUGCGGAAGGCGGCGCAGGAAGGCGUCGUCCAUUUUGAUUGCGGGUGUUUGGCCACUGUUGCUUUGCAGAGGGUUUGGUGGUGAUGGCCCAUUUGCUUUCUUUCUCUUAUGCUUGCUUGGUUAUGGUGCGUAUGGUUGGAUUCGUGGUAGGUUUAUUCUGAGCAAGUGACCUUAAACAUAGAUAAUAUGGAUAAUUAGGUAGGGGAAGGAGUGUUUGUUCAGCACGGUAGAUACUAGCAAAGAGGUUGUUUUUCUGAUUAG